AUGUCGAUAACAACAAUCGAACAUUUCUCGAAUGAAAUAUUCUACGAAAUUUUCGAAUAUUUUGAUGCAUAUGUAAUUUUUAAUGGGUUCUCAAAUCUUAACAAUCGUUUUCAAUUACUUCUCAAUUCUUCAUUAACACGAUUAAAAUUAGAUGAUGAUCGUUUUCAACCAAAAGAACUUUUUCUUAAUAAUUACAAAAAAGUUCUUCGUUAUCAUCAUCAUCAAAUAAUAUCAAUUCAUUCAUACGGUGAAAAUACAGCUAAAAUAAUUUCAAUAAUUAAAUCUAAUCUAUCAUUAUUUCAAUCUCUUCAAUCACUUAAUCUUUAUCCCAUUGAAUCAAAUAUUUUAUCAUCACUUAUUCAUCAAUUAGCUUCUUUACCUAAUUUAUAUUCAUUAACAAUUGAUCUAUGGGCUAAAGAAAAAAAUCAUACUAACAUUUAUCAAUUAAUGUUUAAUCUACCAAAAUUAAAAUAUCUUAAAUAUGGAUCAUUUGAUAGCUUAGAUUUUAAUAUAGCUCUUUCAUUACCAAUCGCAACUGAUCAACAAAAAACAUCAAUUGAAUAUUUUAUUAUGGAUCAUGGUUGUUCUAUUAAAGAUCUUUUUACUUUAUUAUCAUAUACACCGCAAAUUCAUUAUUUAAAAUUUUCAAAUCCUAUUGAUAUGAAUAAUUUAAAUAUUAUCGAACCAAUUAAAUUAAUCUAUUUAACAAAACUUUCAAUAGAAAUUUAUGAAAUGACAUUUGAUGAAUUUGAAAUUCUUAUUAAAAAAAUGAAAUUAAAUUUAAAAAUUUUAUCAUUAGAUAUUAAAGAUGAAGAUAUGUCAUAUCUUAAUGCUAAACGAUGGGAAUAUUUUCUUCAAGAAAAUUUAUCAAAAUUAGAAAAAUUUUAUUUUAAAAAAAUGGUACAUUUUUCGGAAAAUUAUACAACACCGAUGUAUUUAGGAGAACAAAAUGAAUUUAGUUCUACAUUUUGGAUUGAACGGAAAUGGAUAUUUAAAGUUGAAAAUGAUUUUGAACAUUUAAUUUAUUCAAUUCAACCAUAUAAGAAAAAAUGGUAUGAAUAUGGUUCUAAAUCAAGCCAAUUAUCAAAAUGUGUUGAAUUUGAAAUAGCUGAUGUGUCACCUGGACACUGGGUAGAAUCAAUCAGUAUUAAGGAUCAUAUUUAUCAUGCAUUGACUACUACACAAAUCUAUCAUUUACAAAUCUCAACAGCAAUUUCUCUUGAAGAGUUAUAUAAAAUUUUAGUUCUUUUACCAGAUAUUGAAACAUUAACAUUAUCUCGAUUAUCAUUUACUGAUCCAACAUCUAUGAGUGAUGAAGAACGUCAAUCAUUAUAUUUAUUAUUUCAUGAAAAUCAUUUUCAAAAAAUUUCUUUUAGUGAUGUUGAACAAAUGGCAGAUAUUUAUUUUUUAAUGAUUAUUUGUCCUCAUGUUAAUCAUCUUCAUGUUCAUUGUAAAGAUUAUAAACAUGCUGAAUCAUGUGUAGGACUUAUAUUAUCUCAUAUUCGAUCAAAAAUAGAUAAUAAACUUCGAUUAUUAUCAAUUACUAUGACAAAGUUUGCCAAUGAUAUGAUCGAAUAUUUAACCAAAAUAAUUAAAGAAAAGAAAUUACUUAAGGAUUUUAUUAUUGAACAAGUUAAAAAAGAUGUUUAUAUAAAAUGGACAUGA